AUGUCCUAUGGCAAAUCGCUCAAUCUGAGCCAGAACACCUUUCUCGCUCCUCCCGAGGCCGAGGUUGACAUUCCAGAAAGCGAGUAUUCAUACAGACAGAGCAGACGCACCACGAAUCUCUACGAUGCUGUUGCUGGCCGCGUCAACCGCAAAGGACACCAUCCAGCGGAGGCUUUUGCCUCCCGCUACCGCGACACAGCCUCGUCGGGAGCUCGCUCUCUGCGGCCGGAGGAGGUUCUUUUUCGCACGCAGCACAACGUGACGGAUUCCGGGGAAGAAGGGAAUUACUUUGCACAUGAGAAUCUACCCUCCGACGUUGCACUCCCGAGCUCCGAGCUCCUCGAGGCUAUUCACGCCUACACAGCUGAUUUUUACGAAUUUGCCACGGAAGAUCAUGGCCUCCACGACCACCAAAGCAUGGACGAGACAGCCCUGAUUGCGAUGGGGAUCCUGGUAGAGGAAAUGGCUAAAGAGGCCCUGGGCGAAACGGGUGACUUGGUGCUCGUGGAGGGAGAAGAGCUGACCGACGACGAGCAGGCGGGUGUCGAAAGCGACACCAGCGCCGGAUCGCAGUCCCGAGAGCGCACACGGCGGAGGAAGAGGUCACACACCGGCACCAACAGCAUGGUUAGCUCACAGGAUAAUCUGAAGGGCGUGCGGCGGAAGUUCAAACGGCGAAAAUUGAAGGGCGGGGCUUCCACUACCGACGCGGACACGGAACUCGAUGAACGAUGA